UUUCAGGAUGUCAUCCAUGGAAGUGAUUACAUAUUUGUUAUUGCUAUUGCAACAGGGUAUCCAGCUAUGCUCAACUUAUAAAGCAGUCGAUGAGUCAGUUCUGUUCAGGAUAGACUGGAAAGGCAAAUCGGCAACACCAAAGUAUCUUGUUGAUAUUAAAGACGAUUGGUUAACAAAUCAACCGUAUCUACAUAUAACUAGUGGUAACGAUGAAAAGUAUCUCUGUACGCUACCAGUCAUUCCAGCUCAGGACAAACAGGCAGUUCAGUCAUAUGUGGGACCAUCACCAGCUGAACUUAUUCAAUUGUUGUAUGAUAAUCGGGUAUGCUCAUAUUGGCUGGAUGUAUAUUGGACAUAUGAAUUAUGUCAUGGACGCUAUAUUAUGCAAUAUCAUGAUAACAGAGAAACGCAAAGAAAUAUUAGAAGUGAAUAUUAUUUAGGGAAUUAUGGUCGUGAACAGUCUAAAUUGGAUGAUAAGAAUUUCGAUGAAAUGAAUCCACCAAAACGCAAAAUUGAUAACAAAGUGCAGCCGUAUUAUCCAGUCACUUAUAGACAGGGAACCGUUUGUGAUUUAACUGGGAAACCAAGGAGUACGGUCGUUAUAUAUGUCUGCGAUCCGGAUGCCAAAGAUCAAAUAUAUUCUUUUGCUGAAACAGCUUCUUGUACUUAUGAAUUGGUUGUAUAUACCAGACAGUUGUGCUCGCAUCCAUCUUUUCGGCCAUUGCCUACUGUUGAUCACGAAAUUGUUUGUUAUUCGAAGGAUCCACAUAAGGAGUAUCCAAAGCCAAAGCAACUUCUGCAAUUAGAAAGGGAGAGUGAGAUAGCAUUGGAAAGAGAAUAUAAAUCAACCUUUCAACAUAAAAAAUCUACAAAUGUUGACAUUAAUGAAGAAGAUGAAGAAAACGGCGAUUAUGAUGAUGAGUUGGAUACAACAAUUAUUAUAGCCGAGCAAGGGUCACCAAAAUCUGACAGCUUACAACAUGUAUCCUCAUCAAUUCCCGUAGAAAAGCCGGUGAUUGAUUUGGAUCGUUUGGUUCAGGAAAACAAAUAUUUACUAAAUGGGAAGCAUUGUUUGUAUGGUGGUGGAGUGGGAUGGUGGAAAUAUGAAUUUUGUUUUGGAAAAAGUGUAAUACAGUUUCAUGAAAAUCAGGAAGGUGAGCGAACUGAAAUCCUGUUAGGUCUUUUCAACUUCGAUAUACAUAAACAUUGGAUUGAUGAUAAUCCUCAGAAGAAACCGUUAAAGAUUGAUGGUCAGGUAACUCAGGUUUCACACUUAUAUGCUGGUGGUGCGUUUUGCGAGAAGACUAAUAUUCACAGAAGUGUUGAAGUGCGUAUUCGUUGUCGAAUAUCGAAAGGAAGUCAAACAGCCGUAACCCUGUACUUAUUGGAGCCUCAUACAUGUCAGUAUGUCUUGGGAGUCGAAUCAUCUCGUUUUUGUGAACUGCUGCAAACUGCUGAUCAGUACGGACUGAUUCAAUUACCAGAAGCGUAAAGCAGAUUAUGAUUGGUUGUGGUACAGUUAAAAGAGAUGGGAAGAGAAUUGGGGUAGGUCGAUCCUCUUAGUGAAGAAUUUUCAUUUACUGUAAUUUUUUCCUUGUCACUUUAUUUUUAAACAUUUUGCGAUUUGAAUGGUUUAAAAUUUGUCUCUAAAUGGCGGUCUCGUUGUAUUUUUUAAAACGAACCUUGAUUUGGGGUAUAUGUUGC